AUGCAUGCUGCCGAAAAAAAUACGACUCAGCAGCAACAUCAGCCACCUUUGUCACCGGGGAUGGUUGAACCGUCGGCGCCACAGUUUCCUCCGCCAUCCUACGAUAUUGUGAAUAUGGGCAUUCAGGCCGAAUUCGACGACAACCAAUCGACGUCCUCCUCCUCUCACCGACGCACCCCCUCUGGCACUGGCGGCUGGCAAGUCCCGUCGACCCUAUCCAGCCGCCAGCUCUCAGGCGGACAAUUCAUUUAUGUCAAUAGUCUGUCUCGGCGUGAAUUUCUGUCCUCCUUGGAAUACGAAAAGAGAUGCGAUGGGAGCUACUCGUCAGACCCCUGGAUUAACACUGAUCCUAUCCAGGGCUCGUACGCGCGUUUUAAAGACGAAAAGGGCACGUUGCAUGGGGCAAGGAAGAAGAAUAGGUAUAUCGAGAAAUACGAUAUCCACGAGUUGCUUUACGACUACACCGUGGCGGAAAAUUUCCUAAAGGAACUCAGGGUGGACAAAAAAGUCAUUUGGGACUACGAUUUGGUCAAAAGAGAAUUGAGGGCCCUCAUUAAGAGUACCGGGUACCCAAACAAUAUUACUAUAGAGUUUCCUUUGGAGAAUGAUCGGAUUGUCGUUAGGUCACACAGGACGAUGGCUAAAGUGUGGAGGCAUCCGGUGACCAUGCUCUGUGCUUCAUCACCUGCACUUGUCUGGCCGGCUUUCUGA